UUUCGUGGCAAAAUAGACCUUGCGCAGCUGUGGAACUUGAAUCUGUGGUCGAAGUUGUUGAGUAAAUCGUUGAAAAAGUGGAUGGUUAGAUUAAUGCCGUAUUAAAAGGGUAUAUUAUAGAUUAAAUAUGGACGUACCGCCCCAGUACAAUGUCAGGAAUCGUAAGUCUCACCAAGGUCAGGGUCAUCAACGAAAGAGCCAAAGGUCAAGGAUGAAUGAAGGUCCAACUCCUCUGUUUGAAGACACUAGCACAAUGCCAAAUCCCCAGCAGCAGUAUGUGGGUGGUCAGCCUGGGUAUGGUGGACCCCAACAACAGCCAGGAUUCCCAGGUCAGCAGUACAUUAAUGAUCCAAUGGCAAAUAUGGCUGUGCAGUAUGGAGCUUCAUUGGCUGGACAAGGAAAGGAUGUUUUAGAACAGAAGAUUGACAGGAUUAUGUCUGUGAGUAAGUUGAAGUAUUACUUUGCAGUUGAUACAAGUUAUGUUGGCAGGAAAUUGGGGCUGUUGUUGUUUCCCUACACUCACACAAAUUGGACCGUAAAUUACCGCACAGAUGAACCAGUUGCACCACGUUAUGAGAUAAAUGCUCCAGAUCUCUACAUACCAACAAUGGCAUUUGUUACAUAUUUACUUCUUGCUGGUGUUGCGCUUGGUAGGCAAGAUAGGUUUACGCCGGAAUUAUUGGGAAUGCAGGCGAGUUCAGCAUUAGUUUGGCUGGUCAUUGAAAUAGUUGCAGUCAUCUUCACUCUGUAUGUCAUGAACAUUAAUUCUGCUUUAAAGUCUUUAGAUCUGCUUGCUUUUUGUGGGUACAAGUAUGUUGGGAUGAUUCUAGCAAUUCUCGGGGGCCUUUUUUUCGCAUCUGGAGGCUACUACAUAACACUUAUAUACUGCAGUGCAUCUUUAGUUUACUUCUUAAUGAGGAACUUAAAAAUGUUCAUUCUUGGUGAAACAGACAAUGAGAACUUUGGACAUGGAAGUAAAAGAAGGAUAUAUAUCCUACUGUUCAUCACAACAUUACAACCAAUCUUUAUGUAUUGGCUCACAUAUCACUUUAUAUCAGGAUCAUCAAAAUGAAUGAGGGCGCCUUCCGAACUGGUUAGGUACAGAAUACUUGAAUUUGGAUCAGUGAUGCCUAAAUACACAGGCACAACCAGAGGCUGGUGCAGUGUAUCAGGUAGCUUUCGAUUUGCAUGAUUGCGUAACUCUAUCACAGGUUCACUCAUCUGUGACCGUCCUAUGUUUUCUGCACAACAUAGAUUCUGGCCAAAUUUCAUCCUAGGAUCCAGACAAAAAGGAGAACUCAACGUUUUUGCAUGCGCAGAGCGACUUCGUAGUGACAUUAUUACGUUCUAGGUCGUACCAUUGUCAUGCAAUCGAAAGGUUUCUAUUAUUAGGUCGUACCAUUGUAAUGCAAUCGAAAGGUUUCUAUUAUUAGCCAGAACUGCAACAAUAUAUUCUUUUCAUGUUUUUCUAUUUGUAUUUAUAAAAUAUGAUUUUUUUGUGUUUGUGCUCAAUCUAUUUAUCAUCAUGUAAACAGUUCUUUAAAAAAAGACAUUUGUAAAAUCGAGCUAGAAAAAAUUUACAAAAAUAAUGUGUUACUAAUAAUAAUCAUAGAGCAUGCAUCUUGUGAAAAGGAUUUACAUUACAGAACAAAUGCAAAAAAAACUUCCUAUAAAAAUGUAUUAAUGUUAUAUUGAUACCUGAGUAAAUAUUCAAUAUUUUCAUAUUUUUUUUACAUCAUAGCUACUUCUAAAAUUGUUAUAGGCUGCUUUAUGUAACAUACUAUUGAAACAAUGAUGGAAGUAACUAUGCGAUAAUAAUAAUAAUAAUAGGGUCCCAGAAAGGUACAGGUCUCUCAAAAUUAUUAUAACAAGAAAACUAUUGUACGGUAAUAAAACUUGGUCAAUGUUUUUCAUAUGUUUUAUAAGGGUUUUAAGCACCAAAGUCUAAACAGAGAUUUUGUUUUCAUACCUGAAAGCUUACGACUUUUUUUCUAAUGUGUAUUGUAAGAUAAUAUUUUAAUUCAUUAUAUUUCUAAUUAAGAAAUACUAUCAUUUUGCAUGUUUAAAUAAUGUAUGAAUGGUUAAUUUAUACUGCUAAGUGAUAUGAAGUGCUGGCUGUGGUAUUUAUACAAAGUGUUUAUAUUACCGGGUGUGAUUCAAAUUUGCCUAACUAAUCAUGAAAGUGAUGUGGUUACGAAUAGGCAUUCUACCAGCUAAAUACCUAACCCUACAGUAGGUAGGUGAAGUACUUUCCCUAAGAACACAAGUUAAAUAUAACGUGAAAUGUCUGACCCUACAGUUGAGAGCCUAAAACUUAACCGCUGUACCAACCUCACUUUCUUAGAUGAAAUUUUUACUCAUUUGUAUUUAUCUUUAUAACAUAGUUGAUUGUUAAUGAUAUACAGUAAUGGCAAAUCAAGAUAAUGAUUCCUCUCCUCUUUUUUUGUCUAUGCCCUCUCGGUGGCAUAGACACUAUGUCGCAGUAGGGCAAUUAAUUCUAGAAGGGUAAAUCCGGAAGAGGUCGUGUGUGUAAAUCUGGUGGAGGUGCAUGAUGGGUGCUACAUCUUAAGUACCUUAAAACUGUACCAAAUGGAUACUAAAAAAAAAAAAAAAAAAAUGUGGAUACUUUAUUAGUAAA